AUGUUCGUCACUCUAUCCAUUCGCGACGGUACGCACGCCCCACCCAAAUCCGGUAGCUUCGUCUUCGCUUGUGUGCGCAUCACCCUCCGCCUUUACCCGCGUGUGUGCGCAUCACCCUCCGCCUUUACCCCAGGCACGGCCCAAGCGGUUCAACAGCACCUCACGCGCCGGGCGCUGGUGGCGCCCCUCGCGUCGCAGCGCGCGUGGCAGAGCCACACGGCGGCCAUCCCGCUGGCGGUAGCGUUCUCCGAGACUGUGUGGCAACAGCGGCACGAGAUGGUGCUGUUCUGCUGUGGGACCUUCGCACCUCCUCCCACCCUACCGGAGCCAUACCGCGGGCACAUCUCCCCGAAACCACCCGCCCCUCAUGGCGCCACCCGCUGCUGCUGCCCCCUUUUCCCCUUAUCCCUCCACCAAAUUCCCUCUUAUCUCCCACUAUUUUCCCCUCCCCUGUUCUGUUUCCCUUUCCCCACUUUUGUCCUUUCAUCCUGCUUCCCUCCCUGCCCUCCCCCCACGCUCUCCCUUCACGCCCACCAGCAGCAGCGCAAGGGCAAGCCUCAGCAGCAGCGGGCGCGCAUCCGCCCCGUGGUGGGGUGCUCUGUCACCGCUGUGCUCUUCUCCCUUGACGCCCGCAUGCUCUUCACUGCUGGCGCCUCUGAUGGAGCCAUCAAGUUUUGGGACACGCGGGCUUUGAAAGAGCCGCUCACCACCUUGUGCCCCAGCACCGCCCCUCACUUGCCCACCGCCACGCCGGCCCCUCACCAGUCCCCUCUCACGGGCACCCCAUGGCGGGUGAGGGGCAUCACCAGCCUCUCUCAGGACGCCUAUGGCUCGUGCCUCACUGCCUCGUGCACCAACGGCAGAGUGUACGUGGUGGACAUGAGUGCACCGCUGCCAUGCGUCUCGCACGCCCUGCAGGGCGCUCAGAUCGACUCAUUCUUUGUGGAGGCGAGCAUCAGCAGCGACGGCAGCCGGGUGGCUUGCGGUGGCAGUGACGGCAACAUCAACGUGUGGCAGCUGUCGUCCAAUGACGCGAUGCCAUCUGUCACCUUCCAGGCGCACCAGGGGGAGGUUACUGCCCUCCGCUGGUCACCUGUGGAUGGGGAUGCCAUGCUCUCUGCUGCGGAUGACUCCUCUGUAAGCCAUGCGUUCAUCGAUUUCAUAUUGCUAACGCAUGAUUCGUACAAGUGUACUUCUCUCGGCUUCUCCUGCGGACACAUUUCUCGCCUGCACUUCCCACAGAAAUUCACUCUUCUCACUCUCCUUGACAGAUUCGUCUCUCGCCUUUUCACAUUCUCUCAUUCAUAUUGCCCUCUUGUGCAUGGCGGCGUGCUGCCUCCCGAUUCUAAACUCCAACCACGUGUAGCCUGCUCCUAUUCCCCAAUUAAACCUUUCCUGCAAGCCACACUCCUCACACCCCUUUCUGCCUCUCCACCCCUUUUCCGCACCCUCACCUUGCCAUCCCCUCUCUAUCCCCCUUCACAGAUCGCCCUGCACACCCUCCAUCCGCUACCUCCCCACUCUCCUCCCUCCCGCCACCCCUCCUCGGCCUCUCACCACCUCCCUGGAAGGGUGACUAGGAACUGGCGUCCUGGCACCUCUGUGCUUGUGGGUUAUCAUAUGGAAGAAACAGAGGUAGCGGCAGCAGAGGCAGCACCGGCAGUAACAGCAGAUCUCCAAGCGAACCCAGCAGAAGCCAGAGUAACAGCACGGCUCCAAGCGACCGCAGCAGCAGCCAGAGUAGCAGCAGCAAAAGGCAUGGUUUCAGGGUGCCGUAAGAGGCGUAGGGCCGAGGAGCCUGCACGUGAUGCAGCUGCUGCUUCUGCUGCUGCUGGCAAUUGCGGGGCGAGCAUCGUUGAGCCAGGCACCAGUGCAGUGCCAGGAAGAGUGGUGACUGAAACCGCUGAAGCAGCCGAGGUAGCAGGAGCAGCAGAGAAGGCUGAUGCAGAAAUUAGGCUACCUGAAACCGCAGAGACAGGAGUUAAAGCAGCAGAGGCAGGUGAAGCAGCUCAAACCACAGCAGCACUGCCUCAAACAGCAGCACUGCCUCAAACAGCCACAGCAGCACUGCCUCAAACAGCAGCACUGCCUCAAACAGCCACAGCAGCACUGCCUCAAACAGCAGCACUGCCUCAAACAGCCACAGCAGCACUGCCUCAAACAGCAGCACUGCCUCAAACAGCCACCACAAUGACAGGACCACAGGCGGCACCACGUGAAGCAGCGGCGGAGAAACCUGAAGCAGCACAAGCGCAAGUCAAAGCAGCGGCAACACUACCUGAAACAGCCACCACGAGGUUAGCAUCCAACACAGGCUGUACUGACAUGGAGGUGGGCAAUGAUGGGAUGGCAGAGGACAGAUGUUGCACUGGGGACAUGCAUGCGGACACUGCAUGCCGGUCACACGGAGAGGGGCAAGGGGGAGACAAUAUGGAAACACAAGAUGAUUUGUGCAGUGCAGGUUUGCGUGUGGAUGCGGCAUGCCUGUCAGAUGAAGACAUGCGGGGCGAAGGCGAGGGGGCAAUGCAGGGCAAUCUAAUGGCCUGCCUGGAGCCGGGCAGGGUGCAGCGGCUGGUGCUGGCGGGCUCAGGCCUGAUGACGUCAGCGGAGGAGCAUGCAGCGGUGCUGGGCGAGUGGCAGGUGGAGCACAUUGCGGAGCUGCUGCUGCCCGAUGAUCCCCAGGGCGUUCAACGCCUCAUGCACCUCGCCUAUGCCCACGACGCGCCCUCCCUGCCUGCCUGGUUGCUGCGCUCGACUCAUGAGGUGGGUGGGUGGUGGUGGGGGUGGCGUAGGGAAGAGGGCGAGUGGCAGGUGGCGCACAUCGCGGAGCUGCUGCUGCCUGAUAAUCCCCAGGGCGUGCAACGGUUGAUGCACCUCGCUUAUGCCCAUGACGCGCCGAGCCUGCCCACAUGGGUGCUGCGCUCAACUCACGAGGUGAGUGGUGUUGGGGUGGGUUGGGGUGCUGGGGUGGGUCACAGAUGGGAUCAAUACUUUAUCUGUCUCUCCCGCCCCCUCCUCUGUGGUCCCUCUCCUAUCCAUGCGCCAUCCGCGCUUUCAUCCUCGUUAUUGCAGGCCCUGUUUGACAACAAGGAGGAGAAGCUCGGCAUGCUGGACGAAGUUCUUAAAUACCUCUCCCAAGCGGGACUUGAUGAGGCGGGACCCAAUGGAACGACAACGAAUGGGACGGGGCUGAGUGAAACAAGACUGAAUGGAAUGGCGACGAAUGCGACGGGCAUGGAUGUAACAGGCGUGGAUGGGCAGGAGGGAAGGGGCGAAAGGGAGAGCUCGGGGGAGGGUGGCGCACGUGCGUUGCCAGGCCUCAACGCUCUUGACAUCCCUGUGCCUGAAAUGGUGGGUGGGUGUGUUGUGUUGUUGUAA